GGAUUACUCAUGGCCGCUUCUACAAGUACAAGUAGUUAAGAAUUGUUAUAUAUUUUUCUUCGUUGUAAGUGAAUUUAUUUUCCUAAUUAUCAGAAAUUUGAUAUUUCGUGUCAACAAGACAUGAACAAAAAUAUAUAUUAUAUUUACCCUUUGUGCUUGAUAAUUAGUUUUUAUACUUAAAUCUACGAUGGUGUGUAACUUUAUUUUAGUUGUAUUCAUUAAUAAUUAAUCAUUAAUGAAUGUCAUUAUUAUUAUUCCAUCUGUUACUAAGUUGUAUUAAUUUGAUUAAAUUGUAAAAUAUUUACCUUUUAUACUUUAUUAUUUUGUUUUUUUAAGUCCAAGUGUAAGUUAAAAGUAGCCUACUGAUACUCCUGCUGGCUACACAUUGUUAUUGUUAGUGAUAGUGUUUAAUCAUUGUUUAUUGUUCAUUAUGGCAUGGUCAGUGUUAAUUAAGCCCAAUGCUAAUACUAAUACCCUAGCCCUAAUUUUAUUUUAUUUUUAAUUUUAGAUUUACUUUGAAGAGGUAACUUCACUGAAAAAAAUAAUUUAACAUAUUUAUUUAAACUAGGCCUAUCUUAUCUAUUUUUACUAAUUUAGUUAUGCCUGAUAACUCAACUUGGACUAAUUAAUCAAUCAAGCAAUAAUCUCAUACUAAUCAAAUCUAAUUCUAAUAACUUAAAAAUAGGCUAAUAAUAUAAUUUAAAUAAAAUAAUUUAAAGUAUGUGAGUGGGAACUAGAGUGAGGCCUAAUUUUUAAAAAAAAAUGUAUUUAAAAGGAAGGGGCAGAGGCGGCAGAGUCUAUCUAGUAACUGACUUUUAUUCACAGUCAGUUCAGCUAGUUGAGUUAGUAACUCUAACUUGAUAAUUGAGUCUAACAGACGAUGUCAUCGUCAAAGACAGUUUGAAAGUAGUUAAUUAAAUUAGAUAUUAGGUAUAUUAUAUAUUAAAUUAGUGAUAAAAAUAGCAAUAUAAUAAUGAUGCGAUGUGAUCAAAGUUGAGUGGUUAGUAACUUAGUAUAGUUUGAGCCAUACUGCUCAUUGCCAUAAAAGAUGCCAUCAGAUUAAAUUCAUCAUUAAGUCAAGAUGGGAAAUAUUAUCAAUCAGGGUGUACAAAAUUAUGGGACUCCAUAUGGUAAAGGCAAGGAUUUUUAUAAAUUGAAACACUUGUUGGGCCUAUGUAUUUUUUAUUGAUUGAUUUGUAUCUAAGUCUAAUGACAAUGUGGAGAUUAGUCAAUAUCAUAUAACUAUGACUAUGUCCCUUUUAAAGGAUUUACCUAUGCAGUGUAGCUACACAACAAAAUGUGGGCUAAUCCGUUUGGAACAACAUGGUCUAUGCAACAGGCAGAUUAUCAGAAUGUACCCCAUGAGCAAGGUAAUACGCCUGCAUAUGUUGUAGAUCAUAUAUAUAUAUAUGGAUGAUUUGUUAAUUGCACUAUUUUUUAUUGGAGCUAAUUGAAUUAAUAAAUUUAGAUUUUUUAAUCCAGAUUUAAUAAGCUAAAGGUAUACACUUAUAACUCUGCAACAAAUUCUAUGGAAAUGAUUAUUUUUUAUUUUAUUUUUUUAUCACAAGAAAGAUAAAUUUACACACAAAUUAAUUUUAAGAGGAAAAGGUGAUAAGCUGGGGCAUAACAUUUUGUAUUUUAAAUUCAGUAAUUGAUUUGUGUUUUAUUCAUCUGAACAAAACUAAUAUUAAGAUAUCUAUGUAUACCAAAUCAGUUGAUUGGGCUGCCUUAGCUAAACAAUGGAUAACACAGAGAGAGACAGUUGGUCCAGCUCCUCCUAUGAUGAUGAUGGGAGGACCUGACACAGUCAUGCCACCUGCUGAUGGACCAAUGGUAGCUCCUCCACCCCCACCACCUCCUCCACCACCUCCUGAAGAAGAUGAGCCAUCCCUUCCUCCUAAACCAAAGAAUGAUGAGGAUGAAAAUAGUAUGGACAUUGCUUCAGAUGGAGAAGACAACCAAUCUUCUGGUUAGCAUGAAAAUGGGUGGAACUUUUAAGCUUAGACUUUCUCAGUAAUUUUUAACGAACAGGCUAAUAACUGAUAAACUAUGUCUCUAUUUGUGAGAAUUAGAAUGCUUGAACUUCUAUUAACAUCACUUUAAUAUAUCCAAGGUAAUUUUUAUCAUGUUUUAUGACAAAUUUGUUUAUCAGUUAAGUCUGCAAAACAUUAAUUUAAUAAUUUAAAAAAGUAACGUUUAAUUUUUUUAAAACUUUUAUUUUUGUGUUUAGCAAACACUAAUGCAUCACACACAGCAGUCAUCCCCCAGGCAUUUCCUGGCCAAGCUGGUUGGAUACAACAGCAGCAGCAAUGGUGGCCCCCAGGUCCCACGAG